UACAUGAUUAAUUAAAUUUCUUUUUUUAAAAAAUAAAAUAGUGAGAGUGUUUUUUUGGUGGAUAAAUAUAUAUAUAUUACAAGAUUCAGUGUUGAGCUAUUCUUGUAUACUUAAAAACCCCCCAGAGAGUCCAUCAACACACGCGUCACAAUUAUUUGCGAUGAUUACCUAUUUGUAGAAAAUAGUCUGGCAGUUGGUUAUACACAGUCUCCAAUACAGCUGUAUUUAUAAUAAUAUUCUUUCAUUAAUAAAUUAUAAUAAUUAAUAAUUUUUUAGUUAAUAAAAACAAGUAACAAGUGUAAGAAUAAAAAAAUCAAUGAGUUGUGAGGAUGAUGAUGGAUCAAUUAAAAACAGAGAUGAUUUACUCUGGUCACAGUGUCCAGUUUGUCGAUGUGAAAUGCAUGAACCAAGAUUACUUGAUUGUCUUCAUCCAAUUUGUACUUCCUGCAUCACCAAUCUACAACAAGAAGGCAAUCAUCAAAAGGAUUGUCCAAUAUGUGAGUAUCCAUUACCUGGUCCAGGAUGUCGGGCACCACCUCCACCACCACAUUAUCCACUUCAACACAGGUUGAUUAUGAAUGCAGUAUUGACAAGAAGAGUAUCUUGUUAUUGUGAUUCUUGUACAGCUCAGGCUACACUACAUUGCUCAACAUGUCUACGAAAUUAUUGUGCAACUUGUGGUAAUAAUCAUUGUAAAAUUAGAAAAACAAAUGCAAAUAAUGGUAAUCAUGAAGUAUGGCCAUUGUGGAAAGCAAAAAGAUUUAGAAGAACUACUGUGUGUCUUGAACAUCCUGAACAUGCACUUAGAUUUUUUUGCAUAGCUUGUCAACAGGUCAUAUGUAGUGAGUGCCUGUGGAGAGGUAUACAUCGUGGACAUGCAAGUGAAGGACACAUGGAAGCUGCUAAACGUGCUGCUGAUAUUCUAUCAAAUGUUAUUAAAAAAGCUAGAUGUCUAUUAGAUACAUUACUACUUAGAUACAAUGCCAGAUCAUUUUCUUGUCAGCCAAGUAGAUCAUCAAUACAUACGUAUGAAAAUUUAACAUCAUCAACACUUCCUAAAAAUUAUCCAAAAUGGUCUGAUGUUUCAUCAACAAGUUGGCAACAGCAGGAAGACUCGUUGCAUCAGAGAGAAGCUAAAGAAAGAGUUAAUGAAUAUUUAAGAUUAAAAAAUGCAAGAUUUUUACUUGAUGCAAUAUCAUUGACUGAACAGCUUUUAUCUGAAGGAUCUGAUGCUGAAAUAUUAAGUCUUGGUGGUGUUAUUCUGAAACGAUUUAAAACACUUGGAAUUAAUAUUCAAUCAAAAUCAAAAAUAAAAGAAAAUCAUCAACACAGUGGUGUUUUUCACUGUUGUACUUUUUGUUCGAGUGGUGGACGUAAAGAGGCAACUUGUGCAUGUGGAGGAACAAUGCCAGGAGGAUACAAAGGCUGCGGUCAUGGACACCAAGGCCAUCCUCAAAAACGACACUGGUCAUGCUGCAGUUCAACAACCUAUCACAGUAUCUGUCCAAAAAAACAAACAUCUUUAUAUUUAAUUAAUCUAUAAAUUAUACAAACAAACAAAUAAUUUUAUUUUUUUAUUUUAGAAAAACAUAU